AUGGGGCCAGGCCUGGACAGCAGCUGGGCACCUCCACAUCUUCCAGCAGUGCCCCUGGCUCGCCUUCAUCAUUCAGGACACCGGGGCUCCGGAGACAAGGGUGAAGCCGGGUCGCCAGCGUCCCCGCUGCUUCCCGGCACCUGCACGCCCGACGACGCCCACCCGGCCCUCGCCCUGGCGGCCUUCGAGUGCCUGGCUCCGAGCCAGGCCAGCGGCCUGUGGGAGCAGCUGCGGCGGUUCUGGGCCGACCACUUUUCGCGGCGCUUCUCGCCGCGGCGGCCGCCGCUGCGUCGUAUCUCCUCCAUGUCCACCUUCUACCUGCUGGACCACCGGACUCGCCAGGCAGAGCUGGGCCUCAGCUACGGCGCGCCACGCACGCGCCUCAGCGACGAGGCCUUUGUGUUCCGUGGCGGCCGGUGGGUCAUGGAGGGCCAGCUGGCGCGGUCUCGGCCGCCGCUGCCCUCGCCAACCAUCGCAGGCUGGAAGGCACAGGUGCACCGGGUCAAGAACCAGGUGUUGCUAGAGGAAAACAACUACCUGAAGCUGCAGCAGGAACUGCUCAUGGACAUGCUGACUGAGACCACGGCGCGCAUGCACAUGCUGGAGAAGAAGCUCAACCCCGAAGUCAACCCCGCGGCAGCGGCGCGCGCCUGGCAGAAGAAGAUGCGUAAGCGCGAAAGCGCCGGCCGAGUGCUCAUGAUCGAGCCGCGCGCUCUGGAGUCGCGGUGA